CUCACACAAAUCCCCACCCCGCUUUUAAAAUUAAAAGUGAUGUAAUUUUUCUUGGGAGCCCAGAAAGGCAUUGAAGGCAGAGAUAGCUAUAGCACAGCAGGAACCAGGAGAUGGCUCCCAUGAAGGAAAACACGGAGGUGCGUUGCAUGCGUACAAUUAUAUUUUCCAAAAAAUGCACACUUGGGUGAAGCGUAACCUCCAGAUUUAAAUUCCUUUUUCUUUCUUUCUUUCUUUCUUAAAAAAGUGUAAGUUUCUAGAAGCUGAGAUAUGAGGCGAAAUGGACAGGCACUGCUCUUAUUUUUGUGGGGAGGCGAGGCAAGAAACUAGCCCGCUCUCCCAUCUUUUGGAGUUUUAUUUUUGAACCCCCGUAAAAGAUCUUUUGCUGCCCCCAUGGGAAUGCAGUCUUGCUAGCCAAGGGCAGCAUGUCUGAGAAAAGGGAGCAGAGAAAAUUGGCAGAGAACUUGCAAAGAGGGGCAGGUUAGUGGGCAGCCCCUCCUUGGCUGAUGGAUGGAUGGGGAGAUGUGCUACUGCCUGAAGAAAGGAAAUAUCCAGACUGAAAGGUGGGCCGGUGAGGAGGGAGGGGGCAAAGGAGAUGUGUGGUUGGGGGUGGGAGAGAGGGAAGGUACCACAGUUAAGACCCACCCAAGGGUGUUGCUGUUGGGUGUGGGGAGAGGAACUCACAGCCGGAGGAGGGAUGGGCCCAGACCUCAGGGUCCUGUCCUCUCCCCCAUCCCUUUCAACAUCUACAUGAAGCCGCUGGGAGAGAUCAUCAGGGGGUUUGGGCUGGGCGUCCAUCAAUAUGCAGAUGAUACCCAGCUCUACCUCUCUUUAAAAUCAGAACCAGUGAAGGCGGUGAAGGUCCUGUGUGAGUGCCUGGAGGCGGUUGGAGGAUGGAUGGUGGCUAACAGAUUGAGGCUGAAUCUUGACAAGGCAGAAGUACUGUUUUUGGGGGACAGGAGGCGGGCAGGUGUAGAGGACUCCCUGGUCCUGAAUGGGGUAACUGUGCUCCUGAAGGACCAGGUGCGCAGCCUGGGAGUCAUUUUGGACUCACAGAGGUCCAUGGAGGUGCAGGUCAAUUCUGUGUCCAGGGCGGCUGUCUAUCAGCUCCAGCUGGUACGCAGGCUGAGACCCUACCUGCCCGCAGACUGUCUCUCCAGAGUGGUGCAUGCUCUGGUUAUCUCCUGCUUGGACUACUGCAAUGCGCUCUAUGUGGGGCUACCUUUGAAGGUGACUCAGAAACAACUCAUCCAGAAUGUGACUGCCAGAUUUGGUGACUGGGAGCAGCCGCCGAGACCAUAUAACACCUGUCCUGAAAGACCUACAUUGGCUCCCAGUACGUUUCCAAGGACAAUUCAAAGUGUUGGUGCUGACCUUGAAAGCCCUAAACCAGACAUAACCAAACUUGCCCCUCCAGCAGUUUUGAUACUACAACUCUCAUCAUCCCUGACCACUGGUCCCAUUAGCUAGGGAUGAUGGGAGUUGUAGUCCCAAAACAGCUGGAGGGCCGAGUUUGCCUAUAUCUGCCCUAAAUGGCCUCAUCCACCCCCAUCGUUCUGCCUGGACACUGAGGUCCAGCUCCGAGGGCCUUCUGGCAGUUCCCUCCCUGUGAGGAGUGAGGCUACAAGGAACCAGGCAGAGGGCCUUCUCGGUAGUGGCGCCCGCCCUGUGGAACGCCCUCCCAUCAGAUGUCAAAGAGAUAAACAACUAUCUAACAUUUAGAAGACAUCUGAAGGCAGCCCUGUUUAGAGAAGCUUUUAAUGCUUGAUGUUUUAUUAUGUGUUUAUAUGAGUUGGGAGCCGCCCAGAGUGGCGGGGGCAACCCGGUCAGAUGGGCACCAUAUAAAUAAAUAAUAAUAAUAAUUAUUAUUAUUAGCGACAUGCCUAGCACUCAGGCCUCCCAAGCAUUCCCCUAACAGAAGAUCCCUUCUUCCUCCUCUCUUCUCAGCAAGAAAUGAGGGACACAGUCAACUCCCAGUACGACUCCUUUCUGUACUGGAAGAUGCCCAUCCCAGAACUGGACCUGAGCGAGCUGGAACACCUGGGCUUAGCUGAGCUGGUCGCCUACAAGCCCAAGGGAGGCUAUGGCAGCUUCGCGGCAGAGCGGAAGAAACAGAACCGCAACAUCUCCGACGGGGAAGACGACGGCGAAGACACCAGCCUCCUCCAGUUCAACAGUUUCAAUUUCUGGAGGGCUCCUAUACCCUGCGUCGGCCCUUUAGAUUUCGACCUGAUCUGAGGCCUGUGCAGCUGGGCUCCUGUCCUUCAGUGCGACGAGUGAGGCGGCUAAACCUUUUGUCUACACCCCCCCUUCCGACCAAUUCCCUGUAGUGUUUUCCUUUUCAAAUUGUACGGCGAGGCUGAAUUGCAAAAUUGCUUCUGUCGGUGUCGUCUGCCUGUGUCUCUCUCCUUCUCACAUUCUGUCUCUUACAUGUUUUUGCGGGCGGGGAAGGGGACUGUGGUUUGCAAAAUUGGGACUGAAUGUAUUUAUUGGCUGGAGGGUGAACUGCGUCGAGAGGCCCUGAGGUGCGCCCACGUUCCUGUUUGUGGCGAUGGCAGCCGGAAGUGUGCGGGGAAUUAAGCGAGGCAUUUCCACACCCCCUUGAUCAUAAAAACGACUCCGUACAGCUGGGUGGCUUUUGAGGGGAUCGCAGCUAAGAUCUGGAGCAGGAGUCGGCAACUAAGCAGCCUCUGAGCAAAUUCCGGCCCGCGGGUCUUUGGCCCGUCGAGCUGCAAGCUCUGUUUCCUUCUUCCUCUUGCCAGCAGCCACUUUCAGAAAGCGUGAAAUUACAUAUCUUGCUUCUGAAUAACUCGAGAGGGAUAAUUUGUGUGUGGGUGUGUUGGGGGGUCUGCGCUGCCACUUCCGGGUUCAGCCGAGUGGGGAGGGGGCGCCAAAGAAGCGCCAUUUCUUGGGGGAGGGGAGGGAGAUGUGUAGGCCAAGAUGAAAGCUCAGCUCCUGGACGUGUUUGAGAUUAAACUGCAAAAGAAAAGAGGUGUCUUUAAGAGCGUUUGUGGUGGUGAUUUCAUAAUAACCACAAGAGAUUUGUGCACCUGGAGAUUUAUCGUGCACGGAGUGGAGGAGGUUGGCUCCCCCCACCUUGCUGCCCCCACAAGCAUAUUAUCAAAUUACAGCUUUGUCUUUUAAGCAGCUGCUGGGGAAACAGGACUGCGGUUCAAAGUCAGGAAUCAGGACAAAUCUAUUUUAUCAGCUGGAAUGUGGGAUAAGACGGGAACUGGGUAGGCUUAUCGCCAGUGGCCCUUGGAGCAGGAAUGACUCUCCUCUCCAACCGUAAAACAAAAAGGGAGUGGAUUUUGGCCGACUGCAGCCACAAUCCACAGCAGGAGUUAGCAACUAGCGGCCCGCAAGGGAAAUACGGCCCAGGGGGCAAUGUGGUGCCAGGGCAAGAGGGAGUGAAUUGGGUAAAGGCUGGCAUGGCCUGCAAGGAAACAGCAGCCAAUAUUAUAAACACUGUUGCACCAGCCACCUCUCCACUUAUCCACAGACCAGAACAAAGAUCCAGGUUUUUCAAUAACAUCAUGUGUGGAGACUCAGGCCUUAUCAUGUGACCUGCAGUGGCCCAUUGGCCUCAGGCGGCACAUCACUGGGAGCCAGUCCCUGCCGCUCACUUUCCCUGAGCCGGAAACCUUAAGAGAGUAAGCAGCAAAUUUCUAAAGUUACAGAUAGAUAUAGAUAAUUUAUUAUGGUCGGAGACCAGCUUAUAAAACGCACUUGGGGGUACAAUCCCAGAAGGAAAACAAACAUUUAAAACAAUGUACAACAAUAAAUUUAAAAUUUAUAAAUGCAAUAAGCAUAUAGACACUUAAAACUUGAAGAUAAGCUACCACACAGAGAUGAACCAGAGUCACCCAUGGAACUGAGUUUGGGGAUUUUCUUAAUGAACUAGUUUCGGUUAGGGGAUGGUCUGCGCCUACAAAUCUGUACACAGAAUCUAGCGACCAUCCGGGUCGUCUUAUGAUCUUUGCCUACAGGAGGUCAAAUUUUUGCUUUUCCGGGAGGUCAGCGAGCCUCACCAGCAGGGGAUCAAUGUAAAGUUACAGUAUUCUGCUUCUGUUCUGGCACGGCAGAAACAGUGGCAUCAGGUUCCUGUUGGGUCUGGUAGGGUGGGAGGCUGGGAGGCCAGCAGUAGGGGGCGCCAGAGCCAAUGGCAGGAAUAGCCAACUCAUUCCAGUUUUGUCCCCAUCCUGCUCCUCCGCCCUGCUGAGUUCUCCAAGGAGCAACGCUGAGACUAUGGAGGAGGAGGGUCACACGCCAGGGCAACCCUCUGAAUUGGUUGUAAGUUAAGUGGGGAGGGUGGUUGAGAGGCUGGCUGAAGGUAAAGACUGAGGGUGGAUCUACACACAGGGGGGGGGGAAAUGCUAUAGAUAUGCAGUGCGUCUUUUCUGGAGGUACACAGGGGUACGCAUACCUCUAAACGUUUUGUGAAUCUUUGUACUUUUGUCCAUUUCCUGUAUUUAUUUCCCCCGAUUUGAACUAUAAAAUGGUGAUUUUCUUGAGUC